AUGGACCCGGCAUCGUCAGAUUCAGUGGCUGCUGCUGCUGCUGCUGAUGAUGAGAUUGUCGUUAGUACAAUGCCCACGCCCCGUCUGGUACCCAGCCGGCAGAAGCGUUUGAGCCUGAAGCGCUCCAUCCAUGCAGGGAGUAAGCGUGCAGCUCCUGCUCCAAAGGCAACGUGUAAGAAGAUUGCGAAGGCGAAAACACCAUGCAAGAUGGAGGAGGCUGAGGCUGCUACGGCAAGCUCGGAAAAUCCGCCCGUUCCCAAACCGAGCAAGCCGACAGCCAAAGCAGGAGCUAAGGCGAAGCUGUUGAAAGCCACACCCAAAGCAAAAGCAGGCCCUGCGUUGGCCAAGGCCAAGGCCAAAGCCAAGGCCAAAGCGAAGGCCAAAGCGAAGGCCAAAGCGAAGGCCAAAGCGAAGGCCAAAGUACGCAUGCCUGGAAAGCCUAAAGCCAAAGCAAAGAGCGCCAGAAAGGAUGGGGCGGAUGAAAACGUCCCAGCUGCUGGCGAGGCCUGGGAGAGUUCCGAGAACGGCUCCCCCAACAUCGCCGAUGCCCAGAAAGUGCUGGGAGAACAGUCGCGCAUCCAGAAGGAUGAGGCGGCGUGGAUCGCAGGCCAGCUCGGCUUGGAGAAGGCGCACGUCGCGGGCGCCGUGCGCCUCUUCCAGGAAGGCAGUACUCUGCCGUUCAUCGCCCGGUACCGGAAGGAGCAGACGGGCUCCAUGAACGAGGAGGACUUGCGCAGGGUGGAGCGCGAGCUGAGCCGCGUGAAGGACCUGGAAACCAAGCGUGCCCGGGUGGCACUGGCCCUUCAACGGGGCAGGCACCUCAAUCCAGAUCUCGGCCAGAGUCUACUGCAGGCCGAGAGUGUGGAGGACAUCGAUGCCUUGUGGGCCCCUUUCAAGGCCAAGAGACAGACGCGGGCCCAGGUCGCCAAGUCCUUGGGCUUGGAGCCCUUGGCCAACUUCCUGGAGGCGGCAGCCAAGCUGGCACCGAACCACGAGGUCUUGGAGCUCAUCGGCUUCCCUGCAAGAGCCGACGCCACCGAGGCCCCCCAAGUCGCCGCCGACACCCCCGAGGCCCCCCAAGCCGUUGGCGACACGGUCGCUGGCGACACGGAGGUGCGCGACGCCGAGGGCACCCAAGGCACCCAAGGCACGGAGGACACCGAGGGCACCGAGGGCACCGAGGUCAAGGAGCUCCGGGAGGUGCUCCCCAUUACGGGGCAGACGCUGGAAGAGGCCGCCGCGCACUUCAUCACAGCGGAGGUCCCCAAUGUGGAAGCUGUCUUGAAGGCCGCUCGGGACAUAUUGGCAGAGCAGUUUGCCCACCGUGGGGAUGUGAGGCAGUUGGCCCGCAGCAUGCUCGAGAGCAAGGUAAGACUCCAGGCUCGCCGCCGUGGCGAAGCGGAUCCGGAAGAGCAGUUCAAGACCUACUGGGAAUUCAGCGCCCCUUUGCGCCAGGUGAAGCCACAUCAGUUCCUGGCAGUGCAGCGUGGAGAGCAGAAGAAGUGCCUCAGCUUGAGCUUUGCCAUCACGGACGACGAUGCCACACACUUACUCGAUGCCUUAAUGUCGACCUUCUUGGGUGGCUCCCGCCACUCCAUCGCUGCGACCCCUACACCCAUGAGGGCAGCGGGAGGUAUGGGAGGUAAGCACACGGGAAGCCUUCCGGGCCGAGCCGCGUACCGCGCCGAGAUUCGCCUGGCGCUGGAAGACGCCUACAAGCGCCUGCUGCUUCCCUUCCUGGAACGCGAGUGGCGCCGGCGCCUCAAGCAACAAGCGGAAGACGAGGCCUUCGACACCUAUCGCCGGAAUCUGAAGAAGAAGCUCCUCUCGUCUCCUUUGAGGUUGCACCCGGACUGGGGCCAUGCCCCCACUGCUGGUCCUCCCGUGUCGGCCGUAUUGGGCGUGGACCCGGCCUUCCGCACGGGCUGCAAGUGCGCGUUGAUCUCAUUGACGGGGCAAGUCCUGGCGACCAAGACGCUCUUCCCGCACCCAAGCUAUGCCGGGGCAGCUGUGCCCGCCUCACAGGCCGAGAACGCGAGCCGAGGCCUCCGGGACCUUCUUGGGCAAGGCUUGCAGGGAACGAAAGUGGCGCCUGCCGAGGCUGAACCAGAGGACGGAGGGGAUUUGGCUGAAGCCGAGCGGCCGCAGAAGAGGCAGCGCGCCGACGGCCACGCCCGGGUCGUCUGCAGCCUGGGCAAUGGCACUGCCAGCCGGGAGACGGAAGCUUGGUUGCGUCAGCAGUUGAAGGGCUGGGACGAGGUGCUUGCAGAAUGCGUUGGCUACGCGGUGGUGGACGAGUCUGGGGCCUCCAUCUAUAGCGCCUCCCAGCUCGCAGGGGCAGAGCUGCCACAGCUAGACGUGUCCAUGCGCGGCGCCGUCUCCAUCGCACGGCGGCUCUUGGAUCCCCUCUCUGAGCUGGUAAAGAUUGAUCCUCGGAGCAUCGGGGUGGGCCUCUAUCAGCAUGACGUGGACCAGAAGCGUUUGGCCGAGGAGCUGAAAGGGGCCACCAUGGACUGUGUCAACGCCGUGGGCGUCGAUCUCAACACAGCCUCACCGGCCAUCCUGGAACACGUGUCGGGCCUCUCAUCCGGCCUGGCACGGAGCAUCGUCUCGUACCGCAGCGACAUCGGCCAAUUCAAGUCUCGGGCAGACUUACUGUCCGUGCGUGGCGUGGGCAAGCGCACGUUCGAGCAGGCGGCUGGCUUCCUCCGGGUGUAUGCAGGGGCAGAGCCCAUGGACGAGCUGCCCAUUCACCCCGAGAGCUACCCAGCGGCAGCAGUGCUGCAAGAACGAUGCGGCGGUCUGCACAGUGAGGCUUAUUCCAGGACCCUCCUGGAGCUCGCCCGGGAUGCUGCCGUGGCAGCCGAGCUCGGCUUGGGCCCAGAGACGCUGGCCGACUUGUGUGGUGCUCUGGCCAAUGCCCACUCCCAGGCUUCCCUGGACCCGAGGAGUCAGGAACCACCGCUGCGGAUCAAGGUGCCGGGCCUGCCUGCAGAGAUCAAGGAAGGGGCUGCCAUCGACGCCCAGGAAGCAGGCUGGACCGUCGAUCAGCUGAAGCCCGGCAUGCGGCUCCAGGGGGUGGUGCGCAACGUCGUGGCCUUCGGGGCCUUCGUGGACGUCGGUGUCGGCCACGACGGUUUGCUGCAUAUCUCAAAGUUUCCAUUGGGUCAGUCUGCUGCGAAAUUGGCCGUCAACAGCCCGGUGGAGGUCACAGUCUUGUCUGCCGAGUGUCGACAAGAAAAGGGAGGCGCCGGAAAAGCAAAGUGGCGCAUUGGGCUAUCCAUGAGAUGA